CUCCUUAUUAUCCCUCCUACUUCUCCUUCGCCUUCUCCUACCAUCCAAACCCCCAAACCCUAGUUGAUUCUUCCCCAUGUUUAUGUAAUUGUUAUAUUCUUGUUUAUCAGAUCUAACUGGUUUCUGUAUCUUUUCCGUUUCUGAUUGUAGCUAUGGUGUUUAGUGGAGUUAGUGGGUCCCUGUAGUUAAAGGGCAGUGAAGAGUAAUUGGGUACUGUGAAUUUUGAGGAAGGAAAUGGAGGGGAAUUCCGGUGGAGGAGAGAGGGGCGGAGGAGGAGGGAACGACGUUGAGCUUGUGUGCAAGACGCUUCAGGUGGAGCACAAACUGUUCUAUUUCGAUCUGAAGGAGAACCCACGUGGCCGUUAUCUAAAAAUCUCCGAGAAGACCUCUGCCACUAGGUCUACCAUCAUUGUGCCCUUCUCCGGGAUCUCCUGGUUCCUCGAUCUCUUCAAUUACUAUGUCAGCUCCGAUGACCAUGAACUCUCAAGCAAGGAGUUGCAGCUCGAUACCAAGGUCUUUUACUUUGACAUUGGCGAGAACCGCAGAGGUCGCUUCUUAAAGGUAUCGGAAGCUUCGGUCAGUAGAAACCGCAGUACCAUUAUUGUUCCUGCUGGAAGCACAAGAGAUGAAGGGUGGGCUGCAUUCAGAGACAUUCUAGCAGAGAUCAAUGAGGCUUCAAUGCUUUUCAUAUUGCCAAAUCAGCAAAGUUCUGAACCUUCAGAACGUCUUGUUGGGCUUUCAGAUGAUGUAGGGGCUGGCUUCAUUUCUGGACAUAGCAAUCAACCUGUCUCAGCUUCUGAAUUGAAUGUAGACAGAUCAGUUGAAUUGCCAGCACAGGAUGAAAUCAAUAACAUGGGGGUUUCAAAGGUUAUAAGAGCUGAUCAGAAGAGAUUCUUCUUUGAUCUUGGGAGCAACAGCAGAGGUCAUUUCCUGAGGAUAUCUGAGGUUGCAGGUUCUGAUCGGUCUUCCAUCAUCCUUCCAUUGUCAGGACUGAAACAGUUCCAUGAAAUAGUGGGCCAUUUUGUGGAGAUCACUAAAGAUCGGAUUGAAGGCAUGACUGGCGCAAAUGUUCGAACAAUAGAUCCUCCUCAAAGAUGAACGUGGCUCUUGAAGACUUAAGGUGAAAUAAAUGGGAUUCUGUGAAGUUUGCUUUUGAAACACCACUGGCAGGCAUUCAAUCAGUGGUGUGUUUUGUAAUUUUCUUGUUUCCUCUCAUUCUUGCUUGGAAAUAAUCCGAUUUAAUCUGUUUGAUUAGCAGAGAAAUCUCGGAGAUUCUAGUGAAGCCAUGUUUCAUAGGGAAUAACAGACAGCAAACCAAAAUACCUGUAAUAGUUAGUUUGAUAGAUGUGUCACUUUCAUAACAUUUUGAAUAAUUCUCAUCUAAGAUGUGUGUUUAGCUGUGUCUCAGCACAGAACAAUUAUCGAAUAAUCAUAUUUAUUUUGA